UGAUUGAUAUGAUUUCCUGUCGUUUCCUGAUAUUUCUGUCGUUGCUGGUUACUGUAUUUUCAUUGGAAUGCUAUACAGGAUUCACUUAUUUGAAAGCUCAAUCAGUUGGAACUUCAAAAGAAACAUGUCCGUCACCAAAUGAUUACUGCUAUAAUAUGACAGCUGACUUAACAUCUCUGAAUAAUGUGAAAAAAGGUGGAUGCUCAUCGACCAGGUGUAUUUUGGCUCGUAACAAAUGCAUGACCCAGUCGAUUGGCGGAACUCAAAUUCAAUUUUGUUGCUGUAAUACUGGAGAUUUAUGUAACUCCAAAUUGACAAACAUGAGUUUCUUCGAGAAAACGAAGCAGAGAGCAAAGGACUUUUUGGAUAUGCUCAGAGGAUGAAUGAAGAAAAUCAAUUUAUUCGUGUUUGUGUCGUGUAAAUAAAAUGGGUUUCAAGG